CAACAAUGUUCCUGUAAACGCCAAUAUUCUAGAAGUCUCUAUUCAACGCAUAAAACCCAUUACUAGAACAAUCUAGGGUUUUUAUCUUAUACUUCCUACGGUUUGAAGCCAACUCUUAUCACUUUCAAUAUCUUACACCAAAACAUCAUUUUUUUUCCACUCAAAGGAAUGGCUACAUCUCAGUUAACAGCAUCAUCAAUGACAGUAUCAGUAAGGAAUUUGGCUUCAUUUGAAGGAUUAAGGCCAUCAUCCAUUGUGAAAUUCUCUUCCUUUGGAUCUUUAAAGCCUGGGUCUUUGACUCAAAGGUCCUUUAAGGGUUUGGUUGUAAAAGCGGCUACCGUUGUUGCUCCCAAGUACACCUCGAUUAAGCCCUUGGGUGAUAGAGUGUUGGUGAAGAUCAAAGAAACAGAAGAGAAGACUGAGGGUGGAAUUUUGCUACCAACAACAGCUCAAUCAAAGCCUCAAGGGGGUGAAGUGGUUGCCAUCGGCGAGGGGAAGACAAUUGGGAAGACCAAAUUGGAAUGUUCUGUUAAGACUGGUGCUCAGGUUAUAUAUUCCAAGUAUGCCGGAACCGAGCUGGAGUUCAAUGGUUCAAAUCAUCUUAUCUUGAAGGAAGAUGACAUUGUGGGAAUUCUUGAAACGGAUGAUAUCAAAGAUCUCAAGCCUUUAAAUGACAGGGUUUUCAUUAAGGUUGCAGAAGCCGAGGAGAAGACUUCUGGAGGUUUGUUGCUGACUGAGUCAAGCAAAGAAAAACCUUCCAUUGGCACGGUGAUAGCUGUUGGACCUGGUACUUUGGAUGAGGAAGGUAAUAGAAAGCCACUAUCUGUUGCACCAGGGAAUACAGUUUUAUAUUCCAAGUAUGCAGGGAAUGACUUCAAAGGGAAUGAUGGAACUAGUUAUAUUGCUCUUAGAGCAUCUGAUGUAAUGGCUGUGCUUUCUUAGUUGUCUGAUAAAACAUAUGCUGCUAGGUUCACAACUGAAAUUUGUGGAUGAGUUUUCCAUAAGGCACAAGGAUUUUGCAUUUGUCUUUUAAUCUUCGAUAUAAAUGGUGCUAGCUUUGUUGUUUGCCCUGGUAA